GGAAAAGGCUCCGCAGCGGCUCUGCGAAUAGGCGAGAGUGGCAGAAGACUUGUGAAGAUACAAGACACAUGGGACUUCAUUCUCCCAGUUCUUCUCAGAAAUACUUCUUAGAGAGAGACCUGUGGACUCAAAAGAAAGUGCUGAGACAUUCAUUACCUUUAGAUUCUGUGACAUUGCAGUAAAUAAUGACAAAGUCUCCCUAUCUUGCCCUCCGUAGAGUGGUGUGACGUCACAGCUCACAGCAACCUCAAACUUAAGCGAUUCUCUUGCCUCAGCUUCCCAAGCAGCUUGGACUACAGAUUUAGGGACAGGCCUUCCAUAUUUUGAAUCACCUUUACAUGGAACACAGAGACGAUGACGACGAUGAUGUGUCUUUUGCCAAAUGGAUGAGCAGCUUCUGGGGUCACAGCUGGAGAGAAGAGGAUGAGAGAGGACUCCGGGAACGCCACCGACCACAAGCUACCUAUCACAGGAAAACCUCCCUGCCCUGUCCAUUUCCUGUGCUUUCGAGAAUCACCUCUUCUGACCACCAUCAUAGAAGGCAUUCUCAUGAGGACCAGGAAUUCCGAUGCCAUACCCACAUGCAAGAUUACAGAAAAUACUCAGGGGAUGAGUCAUUCAAGGAGCCACUGGUAUCAAAACGAAGAUCCGAUUCCAAAAUUGAGGAAUUUUCAGAUUCCUUUGAACAGCAGCUGUGCUUUAGAACCAAACGUUCUUCCUCUUUGGGACCUGAGAGCAGGAAGGAGAGGAAUGAAAGAGAAUGCCUGAGGAUGGAGAUAAGAUCCCAAAAGAAAAUAGAGGAGAGAAGGAGAUUUAGGAAAGAAGAACCUGGAGAGGCAUGCAUGGCUCCCCUGUUUGAAAAGGGGCCUGAAUAAUAUUUUAUUCCCACAUCAUGCCAUCAGAUGCUGCUGGGUUUUUUUGAGCCAAUACAUCACUUCAGGAUGUCAGUGGAGAGGAGGGGGCAGCUGUAAGAGCGUCAGCAGAUGCUGACUCAAGUGGCGAGGUAGGGAGUGUAUGAGGCUGCUCUGCGACACGACUUGCGUCAUAGCCCAAAAGCUUCUGGCAUCUUUAUUGAGAAUGUCAUCUCCUUUGUUUCCCUUUUAUGGGACUAAAGAGAAUAAGAAGUAUUUUAAUAGAAGAAAGAAGAUUUUGAAAAUGUAAAAAGGAUAUUUAAAGAGCCACCCACAUAUCUUCACUAACCCUUCUUCCACGUCAACCUCACAAAUCAUCUUAAGUGAAAGUCAUUGGUGUGUCAGCCUCACAAAUCAUCUUAAAUAAAAGUCAUU